CGUACUCAGUUAGGGCAAAGAUUAGCAGAAACUCAGUGGCAGACAUUUAAUGGGAAAUACCUAACAGAAGGAGAAAUUCGAAAGGGAGGAUAUAUAUCACACACCAGGAGGAAGAAACUAAAGUGAAAGGAAGCUAGAUAGCAAUGUAAAAUCAGACAGCAAGAAUUUCUCCAGGUACUUAGAAAGCUAAACUAAGAAAAGUGGGUGUUGGAUACCUAGAGAAUGAAAGUAGGGAGUCAGUAGAAGAUAACAUGGAAUUUGGGGAGGAAAUGGUCUCUCUUCUGGCUGUCAGUGUAACCCUGAUGUCAGGGCGUGUACAAUGCUCUGACCCAAAUCUUCACUAGCGACCGGAAGUUUGAGUAGAGCAUUUAUCCAAUGAAGUGUAAUGCACUGCUUCAUAUUGUGGUUUGUUCAGUUAUCAUACCCUCUCAGUGCCUCAAAUCUAUGUAUAUAUAUUAAUGUACAAGUAGGAAAUGCUUUUGGUUUGUUCACUGAAUACAGUCAAAUUUCAAUGUUUGUUUGCUCAUAUGCUACUGUACAGAACCGAGCUGCUUUAGUGACUAUGUAUGUAAAUAUGCUUAAUAAAUUUUAAAAAGGGCUUUAUAUUGUGGUGAAGCAGUUUCAAGUGAGUAAACAUCUGAGUAGACAAAAGAGAGAUAUACAGGGUGGUCAGCACCGACUGAGCUGCUGUCUUGCACAGCCAAAGAGGACACUCCCUUCCCAAUUACCAUGUCAUGAUUCUCUCUGGUCCGCCCAGUAUCUUCAGGAAGCGGGCAAGUUCACAAAGCUGAGCUCUUUGUGUGUGAGUGUGGCGGCCUGAGAGCAGGUGGGUGGCAGUGCGACAAGCUGCUGUCGGUGACUCAGCGCCGGACAUCUUCCUUUGUGCUCCUUACCGCUGGGGUUUCUUGGCUUUUGUGAGGUGCGAUAACAUUUUGCCGUGGUCUUGUACAUUCAGCGACACCCAGGGCAGCGUAUACGGUGAGAGCGACUUUGCACAAAAUUAACGUCUGGGAGAAGGAGUGGAAGGUCGACUCUGCACUCGGGAGAUUUCACUGGCAUUUGGCUUGUGGUUAGUUCCUGAAGAUGUUUGCAAAAGCGACCAGCAGUUUUGUGAAACAGAUUGAGAGCAGUGGUGACCUGAUCCCUGUUCACAGCCUGAAUGAUUCUGACAAACUGCAGCUUCUGAAUCUGGUAACAAAAAGGAAGAAGGGAUGGUUCUGGCAAAAACCAAAAUAUUAUCCAUCCACGUUUACCCUUCAAGACAUAUUGAUGGGUGACAGUUCCAUCAAACCUGCUGUCACUGAAUCGGACUUUCUCAAGUAUGAAGGAAAAUUUGGAGACAAUGUGGAGGCAGGUACGGAAGCUGAGAUUGCCAAUUUAAGCUUCAGCCUGGAAGGUCAGGACUCGGUGGCACUGGAAUCUUCUUUUGGAAAUCUGAAGAAGCAAGAAAUUGAUCUGAGUCAGCUUUUAAAAAUUGCUGAGAAAAGGCCUUUAAAUUUGGAUCACCCUUUUGUCCAGCAAACCCGUGAAAAAAGAGAAAUUUUGUGUGUGGUAAAUGAAAAGAUUAUCACCUCCCAAAAGUGCUCUAUUUCCGAACAUUUGCAAAUUGAAGAAAAGUGUGGUGGAGCGCUGGGACUUAAAACAAAAAUAUUGAAGGUUUCAGCAAAUGAUGAUGGUACUAUAUCCAAAGAUACAGAGGUUGUGUUGGAGAUCCCACCUCGAACGGUUAUUGCAUACGGUGUCACUGAGCUUUUUAUAAACCAGCAUGGGCAGUUUGAUCUCUGCCUACUUUCUGAAAAAAGUGGAGGGUUUGAUAAAGUCCUAGUAGGCAAAAAUAAAAAAGAAUUUUCAGUGUGCACUUCUUUAACGUGUGUUGAUGGAGAACAUAAACAUCAGCAGUGUAUGAUGAAUGUCCCAAGUGAAACUUCGCUAAGUGUUUUAAAACCAGGUAAAUGAACAUCACAGCAAUUUGAAAUAUUUGUCUAACCAUGUGCUUUAUCCCAGAGUUUUUGGCCAUUGAUGUCAAAUUCUGUAUCCAUUUUAGUAUUUCUUUGGGAUAGUAGUGAGUCUUCUGUGGUGUUCAGUUUGUAAUUUAGCACAAUUUGUUAUUUCAACUAAGCAGGAUUGAAUGCAAUCAAUAUGGUUUUAUUGGUUUGGAAGGUGAUGAAGUCACAACAUUACUGAAUGAGUAAUCCAGACCCCAUGUUAAUGUUCUGGCGACGCAGGUUUGAAUCCGGCCACUGUAAAUGGUGAAAUUU